CAAAGUUGAGACGCCAUGACAGGGUGUGAGAUCUCUGCAGAAAAACAAACUAUUGGAAGACUUUCAGCACUCAAAGGAAGGAGCAGUAACUUGGUGAGUCCUGCAUUAGGAAGACAACUUGGAUACAAAUGGCUGAGAAAACUGCUCUCGUUGAAAGUUUCCUGAGUUGCCAUGUGUGUUCAGAGACGUUCAGAGAUCCUGUGUCUCUGAGCUGCAACCACAGCUUCUGUUCAAGCUGCCUGCAAAGAUUCUGGGAACAAGCUGGAAACAGAAACUGUCCCACUUGUAAAAGAAAAUCCUCAAAGGACUGUACAGGAGUGAACUUUGCACUGAAGGAACUGGCUGAUGCCUUUGCUGGGAGACAGAAAGCUGAAUCAUCUGAGACAGAAAAAGGAGAGAAGAAGGUGGAGGUGAUGUGUAGUAAACACCAAGAAGAGCCUAAAUUGUUCUGUGAGGACGAGCAGAGAGCUGUGUGUCCUGUCUGUGAGUUUUCUCUGCACCAGAGUCACAAGCUGGUUCCUGUAGAACAAGCAGUCAGUGGCCUGAAGGACCAGCUGAAAUCUGACUUAAAGUCUCUGCAGGACAAGAGGGACACAUACAAACAAGUGGAGGAAACAUACAAUGAAGUGAUUCAACACUCAAAGAAGCAGCUGUUGUCUACAGAGAAGCAGAUCAGAGCAGAGUUCAACAAGCUCCACCAGUUCCUGAGGGAGGAAGAGGAGUCCAGACUGGCAGCUCUGAGGGAGGAAGGGGAGCAGAAGGAGAAGACUGUGAGCAGAGAGAUGAAGAAGAUCCAGCAGCAGAUCUGCUCUCUGUCAGACAGCAUCUGUGCUGUUGAAGAAGACCUGCAGAAACACAACAUGCCAUUCCUCAGCAGUUAUAAAGCCACUCAGACCAGAGCCAGAGUCCAGUGCUCCCUGUCAGAUCCACAGCUGCUCUCAGGAGCUCUGAUAGAUGUGGCCAAACACCUGGGCAACCUGUCCUUCACAGUCUGGGAGAAGAUGAAGGACAAGGUCCACUUCAGUCCUGUCAUUCUGGACCCAAACACUGCAAGCCCCUGGCUCUAUCUGUCUGAUGGUCUGACCAGUGUGAGACGUGGAGACACAAAGCAGCAGCUUCCUGAUAAUCCAGAGAGAUACACUUAUCACUCCAGUGUUCUGGGCUCUGAGGGCUUCAGCUCAGGGAAACACAGCUGGGAGGUGGAGGUGGGAGACCAUCCUGGCUGGACUGUGGGUUUGGCUAAAGAGUCAGUUGACAGGAAAGGGGAGGUGUAUGCUUUGCCGAAAUAUGGAAUCUGGUGUUUCUUGCAUCGCAGUGGAAAAUACAUUAAUGGUCUUGGUGAGACUGUCAGAGUGAAGAAGAGUCUCCAGAGGAUCAGAGUCCAGCUGGACUACGACAGGGGGAAGGUGUCCUUCUACGACCCCGAAGACAUGACUCACAUCUACACUCACAGAGACACUUUCACUGAGAAACUCUUCCCAUAUUUUAACAUUCGAGAAGUCAAUGAUGCUAAAACUGCUGACAUCAAAAUCUGUCAAACUGAUGUUUCUGUGUGAUGAUCAGGGAGGAUGGUGAGGCAUUUGGAUUUUUAUCAUGGUGUUGUCAGUUACAAACAACAUCAGCUAGUUCUUUAUAGGUGAGAAUCAUCCUGUAAUUUGAAAGUAAAUGAAGAAAACGUAGAGAUCCAUGUUAGAUCCAUGUUAGAUCCAGGUUAAUUUGGUGUGAAAUCGAUGAUAUUCAAAGAGAAAUCCGCUCGACUUCAACAUACAGUUUCCACGAGGCUUGAAGUUGUCCUAUAUAUGGUGGCUGCAGAGCCAAUAAUGCAGUUAUGAGUGUAAUCUAGUGUGAGUGUUUACAUUUUGACCUGAAGUGUGUAUCAAGCAAUGCUAGCUGCAGUUUUGAUUGACACUGUGGGUGUGAGAUGAUUAAAAUACAUCAUACAUCAAAUCAAAAAAUGUUGUUUUUUACAGGCACAACUUCUCAGCUCUUCCACGUGGAGCUCAGAUGAAAGAUGGAUCCUUCUGUUUGCAUGACACCAGACAUGUUUUUCAGCUGCCUGUUUAUUUUCACCUUUAGCGCCACUGUAUGAGCCCAUCCAUCUUGGACAUGUUGCUCUUCGUUUGUCCUUUCUGGGAUUUGAUCUCACACGUUUCCAGGGUUUUGCUCGGCGUACUUCUGUUCCUGCUCUUCUUCCUCGACCUUUUCUGCACUGAUCCAAACAAACGGCCCGAGAGAGAAAUGAGACUGAAGGAAGAAUCUGUUACGUAAUUCUCGAUAACUUCAUCUCAAUGAAUGUGGGGAGCAAAAACACGACAACAUGUGAUGCAAGUUGAGCGACAGCAUUUUGAUUCAGUGACAGUGACUCCUGAGGAGAGGUGUCGGAGAGUAGAUUAAUGGCGGGAGCAGCUUGUGUCUCAGAGUUGGCAGCAGAUCGACACUUGAAGUUGCUGUGUGACAGACAAGCUUACACUGUUGUGCAGCAUCCUGGUCAAUUGUUGGCGUUCAGAAGAGACUUUCACUCUGAACAGACUCACAAAACAGACUACUUUCACUGCGGUCAGUGUAUUUACAGUUCCAAAUGAC